CGGCUAUUCUAAAAGACUUCCCCCACUUUGCGUCACGCGUCUAGCCUAGCAACCAGACCCUCAUUCCCUCUCUCUCUCUUCCUCUCAAUCUCUCUCUUUUCUUUUAAAGUUUCUUCCUUUCUUCCCGGCCUUUGACAGGCGGAUCUGCUCCGACCGCCGUAUUUAACUCAAGAUCUACUUGAUGGAUCCAAUACUCCCAACCAAUCGUCAAAGGCCGAUGGCCUUCCCGGCGACGGAGACGAGUCUGCGGCGGGAUCUGUUCCGACCACUGUAUCGGAUCCAAUAGUACCAAACAAUAGUCGAAUUCCGAUUUUUUUCCCGGCGAUGUAAUCGAGCCUGAGCCGGUACGUUUCAGUCUUUUUCUUCGCGUUUUUGGUUCAAUUGGGUGCGGAGGUAGGCCUGAUAGCCAUUUUUUGUUUUUUUUACCGAAGCACUUUUCUUUUGUUUUAAGAACAGGCCGUAUAUGCAUUUCAUCUUCUUCAUUUGGGCUUUGGCCUUGUUUUUUACCUUUCUGCCGAGGCCCACUUUGUUGCAUUGAAAGACCCAAACCAUAUUUUCACUCUCGAUUCUAGACUAGUUUUUCGUUUCUCUUAAUAUCUUGCCUGUAAGAGUGGCGAUUCAACCGGUUUAAAACAACAUGAAUUUUCAUGAUCCUCAUUGGUUUACCCGGUUGUUAAGGGUCAAUUUGUAUUUGCUUUUGUCUAUUUUGCCCCCCUCUUAAACCCUAGGGUUUGCAUAUAAAUUUAUCUUGUUCUGGGCUAAAAUCUCAUUUGAGAUCUGAAUUUCGGGAGGGAGGCACGCUAUCAGAAACUUCUCUGCUGCAUUUCAAGAUCAGAAGCGGUUGGUUAACAAUGUCGUCGUCCUAUUCUAGGGUUUUUGAUGAGAACUGGAAGUGCGACAUUUGCAAGAAGGUGAUCAAUAGGGAUCUUUACGUCCGCCACUCUGAGGGUCAUAAGAAGACUUAUCGUGAGUGUAAGAUUCGCGAACUCAAGCAUCUUCUUGGGAGAUCUGACGAUUUCUUUGGCCCUCUCAAUCCCGGCAAGAUGAAGAUCUCAUCUCUGAAGAAGCUGCUGAGUGCUUCUGGUGAUCUGGCAGCUAAGGAUGCCAGUGUUGAACCUGCCAAGAUCGUGGUGACCAAGAUGCAGGCCAAGGCGAAGAGGGUGAAGUACUAGAACACCACCAUUUCAUAAUAUCCAUGAGAAUCGUAUGAAGUGAAUCUAUCAGAUUUUCUGGUUCAGACUCUAAUCACUUUACUAGCUAUGGCAUAUUUUGAUGAGGAUUCUGAAGGACGGGAUGUGUUCUUGGUUGACCCCCUUUGAUUGUUUUCCCUAGUAUGCUGGUGCUAUUUCUCUAAUGUGGAUGUCGUUCAAUCUGAAACUUAGUGUGAUUUGAAUGGUAUUUCAUUGUUAUGUUCAGCGUUUGUCCUUGAGACUGGUUGUUAUUAGGUUGGUUAAUUGCUAGAAAUAUCUUAGUAUGCUGAUUCCACUUUGAGUGUUUUCCCUAGCAUGCUGAUGCUAUUUCUCUGAUGUGGAUGUUGUUCAAUCUGAAACUUACUGUGAUUUGAAUGGUGUUUCAUUGCUAUGUUCAGUGUUGUGCUUGAGACUAUUUGGUAUUAGGAUUAUGCUUUUAGUAGUACUUGAUGCAGAAGGUAGUUAUACCACACACUUGAGCAACAACCAGGCUCUCUAGAUCAAUUAGCAAGGAUGUUAUAAUAGGUUGAGUUAUUUUGCUUGAAACAUGGUUGUUAUUAAGGUUGGUUACUUGCUAGAAAUCUCUUAGUCCUUUUAGGAGUACUUGCAGAAUGUAAUUAUACCACACUUAAGCAAUGUUGUCUACAAUAGGUUAGAUACUAGGCCUCCUGUGUUUUCUUGUUCCUCUCAUGAAUCUCGAAGGAUUUAUCUUUUUUAUCUAUGAGAACACCAUUCAGUUUUUCCUUAUCAUUUGUCCGUUAUCAUUCCUUGAAUCUUCAUUCCACUUCUUUCAGUUUCUGGCUCGUUCCUAAUUGUACUUCAUGGCAAUUGAUCUCGGAGCUAGUUUUGUCUGUAGUUGCCAAUCUUUGAUGGAAUGAAUGUACAGCUUCUCAUUUAGUUCCUUAUAUAAUUUCACAACUGUAUUGAUCUGUGUCUCCGUAGAUAAUUAUUUCAAGCUAAGUAGCCUGUUAAGUUUGUCUUCCAUUUUUCUGUGAUUCACAGCCUCCAAAGUAGCAAAGCUGCUGCUCAAGAAACUGUGUUCGUUGUUCAAAGUAUCUAUAUGCAAAAAUUAACGUUCUUGCUGGUCGUCUUUAUUUUCUUAGUAACUCGUGCAAAACUUAUGUCUCUGAUAUAGACAAGAUUACGUCGUUCUGGCUUUUAGUGACUAGUGAGUAUCUGCAAAAGUAAAAGUUCUUUGUCGUUGCCUUAAUUAUCUUAGUAACUAAUGCAAAACCAAGUGACUUAUGGAUACCAGAUUCUUCGUUCUCGCGUUUUGUGAGUUCUGUCUCCAAAUGUGCUUGUAAUAUCUCAGCCCAUCGGUAAUCCUUUUGCCAAAGGCAUUCAAUUUAUCGACCAAUGUAGAAAGUUCCUCUAUUCGAUCUGCAUUACUUUUGCAGAGUAGAAGCUUGAAUUCAUGUAUACGUAUUCUUACUGUUGUCUCAAAUUGUGCAUCACAUCAAGUCUAAUUACACGU